CUCCAUUUCACACGACUUGUCUACAGACCGUUAGGCACUGGCACUAAAUACCUAUGAACUGUGAGACCAACAGACGGACACACACGUCAGCUGGCGGACAGUGUUUUUCUUUCAGUCGAUUUAGAUGCAUAAUAUUAAAGUUAAAAUUCCUAUUUUUUAUUUUUAAUUGUCUAACAAUCUGACAGUACAAUCAACAGAUUAAUAUAGCGAUAUGUAUAAAAACGAAUAUCAAGGAGGGCCGUCAGUUGAAAUAUUGAGUUGUCAAGGAAAAGACCCUUUAAAUAAAUGGAGAAUAUCAGGUGGAAGUGGUGCAGCGAAGAGAAUUUAUGAAAAAGACUUGAAGAGUUUUGUUUAUCACUUAGAAGGGAGCACAGCUACAAGCAAAUUACAGCUCCCAAAAGAUGGAACAAAGCAGACUUUAUUUUUGACACAAAGAUAUUUGACGUUUCAAGUUUUCAUUCCUUUUGGGAAAGAUUUUUCUGUUGAACUAUCAAUGACAGAUUCAACAAACAGCAAACGUCGUCUGUUGAUGUCAACAUCUAUCCGAGAAAUGUCAAUCACCCCACUCCAUGCCAAAUUAAACUUAUCUAUCAUAAUAAGAGACAAUUGGUUAAAUUUAUGUUUUGACCUUGUAUCCUUACUUUCUGACAUUUUUCUAAAACAAAAAUUCAAGUCGCUCGAUUCAAUCGUUGUCGCCGGAAGCUGUAAAAUACGAAAAAUAUUUACGAUGCGAAAUCAACCACCAGAUACAACAGAAUCAGAUUCGACCACAAAUUCACCAAUAAAUGGAUUAGGAGAUGCCCAGCAUGGAAGAUUUCAACUUGAAAAUGUUCCGCCAAACUUACAAUUUGCAAGCACAGUGGCUUAUAUGACACAGGUCAUCACAGUGAAAAAAGUACAAGAUCACAUGAAAUCGCAUCGCCCAGAUUUACGGGAAACAUCUGGAUAUUGUUCUUCAUCCAGUGAUGAUUUAAAUCAAAGUUGGCAAGUGAGACAUGGAUCAAAAAUUUCUGCUCGUGACAUUCCACAACCUGCAACACACAUUGCAUUUGGCACAAGAGUUCGUCUCGAUUCAACCGGAAGUUCAUCAGGAAAUAAGACUAGCAGAUCUUCAAAAAAUUCUGCUCGAAUGGAGCGCACAGUCAGCAAUUCAUCGUAUCCCGCUGGACCAACUUUCAAAAAACCUUUGGAAGUUCGAAGAGACAAGCAAAAUCAAAAUAAUAGUUCUAAUCUUAUUUCUGCACGGGAUGAUCCUGUUGUUCCGAGCCCGCCUCCUUCUGCGCAGUCACUUAAUAUUCAGAGAAAUCCAAGAACGAAUAGAUUGAAGUCUCCUAUGGCUAGAAAAAGCAUGAAUCAUUCUACUAGCAAUGAGUCAGCAAAUUCGAUACAAUAUUUGCCAACGUCACUCGUAAAUCUCGUUGAUGAAUUAGAAAUUGUUGGUGAAAGUAGUGAUGAUGAUUCUGGAAAAGAUAAUGACAGUGUAUUUACCUUUUCAUCGAGACCGCACAUUGCACAUAGAAAAGUCGACGAUACAGUUUCACCAGAAUUAGUCAUCGAUCGAACACAUUUAACCAAUCACAACGGGUAUUUAGAUGAAGAUUUUUUGAGGUCCGAUAGCUCUGAUUCUGAUGAAGAUAUGGCAAAGAGAAUAAUAAGAAAUACACCAAGUCCACGUUCAGGAAUUGUACGGAGUGCUAGUCCUAGGGAUAUGAUACACAAAUCGUUGACGUCUUCACCAAAAGUAUCUGCAGAACAAAUUAACCAUUCUAUUAGAAUUCCCAAGAGCACAAAUAUUUCAUCACCGAAUCGCUUAUAUAACAGUGCUAAAUAUACAGAGAAUCCUGUGCAAGAAACCAAGAAAUCUAUUAUCGCCAACAAUCAAUCUCCUUCUGUUGCAAAAUCAAUUGUGAACAGAAGUAUUGCUUCUCUGAGAGGAUCGGAUGCAACAUUGACUGAAUCCGUUGAUACUCUUGUUCAUAAUUCUAUGACAAAAGAAAAUGAGUCUGAUGUUUAUCCAGAUGAUAGUUUAGAAGUUAACAAUUCCACACAAUCAAGGGAAAUGAAAAAUCUAUCCGAAGCCAAAGAUAUACCUACAUUAUCUGAGUUCAGUCCUCAGAGAGAUUUUGAACUCACUUCAGACUUAUCACCCAAAUCUGAAGGCAAUGUGAGCCAUCGCAGUGUUACAAUCAGCAGAAAAACAUUGAGAGAAAUUCCGCAUAAAAGUGAUAGGAUUAGUCCAAGGAUUGGAGAAAAACCUGAAUCAAGCUCAUUUCAGGUUGGAUCAUGGAGUGAAUCUUUCGAAGGUCACAUGUUAUCUAAAAUGAAGAGAGAGCAGGAGGAAGAAAUGACGCAAGAGGAAGAGAGAGAAGCUUUAAGAAAACAAGCUUCAAAUACAGGAGGAGGAUUGCACACUGGAGGUUUCAAUGGGAAUCUAACAUAUGAAGAUAAUGAAAGCGGUGAUGAAAGUUUUGAUGCAAGUUGGAGUACUUGGAAACAACCUCCUGCUAUGGAUUCAGAGGCAUAUGCUGGAGAAAUGGAAGGAUCAGUUCCACCAAAGAAUAUGGAUACUUUAGCGAUAUCACUGAAUCAAUCCAAUCCUAGAAACUGGGCAAAUUUGUUGAGUCCACCAAUUGUCUUGCCUUCUGAAAGAGCAAAGCAGGAAAAAGAUGCUUUAUCUGAUGUAGAAUCAGGAGGAAAUGUAUCAGAUGCCUUAGGAUUAUCUGACGGAAGUACUGUGAGUGGGCACAGUACAUCAGUACAGGAAUCUGAUGAUGAAGAAAUGCUGGAUCUUAUGUAUGAUCCAUGCUUAAACUGUUAUUUUGAUCCAAAAAGUGGGAGAUAUUAUGAACUCAAAGGGUGAUUUUGUAUUCUCUUCAUUUGUAUUAUAAUUUUAAUAGAUUUAAAUGGUUGUCAUAUUUCUGGAAAUAUGACUUUAAUUUUGUCAUAUAUCUUUCCUUUUGUGUUGUAUCAAAAUGUAUCAUAAAUAUUUUUCUAGUGGUAAAAUAUGUUUGCUGUCUUACCUACACUUUUUAUAUUUUGUAGUACCCGGUAAAACUAUUUACCGUUAUUCAUUUUUCGCCAGUUCUAAUUAAGAUUUAUAGAAAUUUGUUGAAUGUUGGGACAUUCCAAUUUAUCAAGCAGAAUUUAAUGAUGUAUUGCCAAUAUUUGUAACUAGUUUCUUUCUGAAGAUUGACAAACUUGAACAAUUUUUUGACUUAAUAUUUUUUCGCGUUUUCAAUUCUAUUCCUGAACUUUCAUGUUCCGAACAGUAAAUAAUGCCUUAUAGUAAUGUAACAUUUUUUCGUUAGUGUGGAAAUCAUCAUUGCAUUGCGAUUGUUUUUUCAUCGGACACUUCUAUCCCAUCUAACCAUGGAGCCGUUUAUUAGCAGCCAACUACUAGACAUAACAGACUACCCAAUGACUGUGUCUUCACAUUCUGUAAAACCUCCCUAAUUUUGUACAUGCUUCUGGCAAGAGAUUGGGAAAUUACCCCAUGACACUGACUUGAAUGUUCAGAAUUUCAUCCCCAAAUUGUUUUUCGUUACAAUUUGUAAUUUGCUAAAAUAUUACAGGUGUUCCCAAAAUAAGCCCGAGUAGUAUGGAUGUGAUUUGUGGGCUUGUUUUUGCCUAUCUUAACACAUAUUAUUAUUAGCGUUCAGCGCGCAUAUUUGGUGCCUAUUGUUAUUAUCUAGUUUUUUCAUAUCUUGACUUUUUGGCUGCUAUAUAUAUAUAUAUAUAUAUAAUACAAUUUUAUUUUUGUCACUGUAAUCUUGAUUCCAUUUUAUUACGUUGUUGAAAAGUUUAUUUUAUUACUGUUGUAAAUAUAUAUCUGUGCUCUUUCGAACCCCGUGUCAGUUU